AUAUUAGUGUUUAAAUAGGGUUACCUUAUUUAUUGAUUCGGUAUUUAUUUUUGUUUGAACUAUGUUUUGAUGUCGUUUCUUCUAACCCAUUUUUUUAUAAAGCUUUAUUAGGUAAGGCAGUGCAAAACAAGUCUGUAGUCAAGUAAAAUUAUACUGACAUGAUUUUGGAUCUAUUCAUUUAUUCAUUUUAAUGGUAUCAUAAAUUACAGCUAAUGUGACGAAUGCCAGCGACCUGCCAGAAAUAAAACAUGGAAUGAAAUGCGUUUACGGAAAAAAGUAUAGGAUGGAUUGCAACACCUGCCAUUGUGGUCACAGAAAUAACCUAUUAUGCACUAAAAUAGCAUGUAUAGAAAGUGGUAAGACUAAAAACGAUGGAGAAAUUAGCGAAGAAGAACCAAACGAUGCUGAGAAAAAUAGAGAAGGAAUUGAAAAGAGAAAGAGGCUAAGAAGAAUAGUUAGAAGAGAGAAUAAAAGGUAUCUGAGAACCGAUUCACCAGCGUUCCCGCCCUUGCCGCCGAGUCGAAAAUGCUUUGCAGGGAGACUGUAUCAAGAGGACUGUAAAAGAUGCUUCUGCAAGGCUAAUAGAGUGCCUUCGUGUUCUGCCCACAAUGCCUGCAUUCAACCUAAGCUGCCUCGAGAAUUAGUUCCAGAAGACCUUCGUCCACCGGUAAAGGAUAGCGAGUUCAGAGACUUGCCAGUUUUGCCUCACACUGCCUCGCCUUGCGCGCCCGGCACGACCUACAAAGUGGACUGCAACGUAUGCCUCUGCAAUGAGUAUCAGAACCUCUUGUGUGAUAAGCUACUGUGUGUCAGUUUCGCUGACAUACACAGGGCCGAGGCUGUAAAGAAGUCUGGUCUACCAUGCAACGCAAACGACAACGCUGAGAAUAGUGUACUCCAAUCCAAGUGCGUGCAAUGUUCCUGCAACGGUACCACCUUCUGCGAGGCUAAGGGGGACUGUGUCGCCGAGACUGAGGUCAUGAUGAGGACCUACAACUCCAGGAGAAAUGGCUCCCGGCUGACGUUCGACUACGAAAAAGAGAAGUGCAUACCAAACCAUAUUUACAAGGACGACUGCAACAAAUGCUACUGCCAAGAAGACCAGACACUACGUUGUACGCAGAAGAUUUGCCUGAACUACAACCAGGCCCUCGAAAUGGAGAAAGAACACAAAUAUCUAGAGGAACACGGCUUAUAAUGACGAUACCUUCAACGACCUCGGCAUGUUACACGGAUCUGAAUAAUCAUAUUAUUAUUUAGGAGGGUUUGUGGUGCAAUGAAUAAAUGUAUUCA